AUGGUUAUGGCGAAGUCCCCACCAGCACAACCACAACCGCCACUGCCACCCUCACCGGUGUCUGGAUCACGAACAUCAAACAUCCUUGGUCCUAGUAAUCCGCUUGGACCAUUUAGAUUUAAGCUUGAACAUGCUUCAGCAGAUAUAAAGUGCCUUGGCAGAUUUGACAGCGUCUUUCGUGUCCCUUUAGUUCUUGGACACUUGGAUCAAUCCCAAAUGCCGGUGUCUACGGCUGACCUGGCUCCAAAUGUUCCCCGGGAACUCAUUAUCGACGUACUCUUACGCCUCCCAGCAAAAUCCGUCGGCAAAUUCAGCGCUGACAACGAUGGCGUUUCAAAAAAGCUCACGCUUCUAGAGGACAAAUUGACCGGCGCCACUAUUAUCGGUUCUUGCAAUGGGUUGGUCUUAGUUUCAAAAUUCAAGAGGAGGAGUCCCGAUACUAAGUACUAUUUGAUAAACCCCACAACCAUGGAGCUCGUGGGAAUACCCGCGAACCCUUUGGCUCCGUGGGCUCGUCGAGGUGGGAUUGCUUUCGGUUAUUUUAGAUCUAAUGAUGACUAUAAAAUCGUCAUGUUUUUUGGGAGUGACAAGGUUAACAAUGAUGCUUAUCUCGAUGUUUUUAGUCUGAGGAGCGGAACUUGGAGGAGAAUCGAUGUUCUGUGUGAUCGUCCUGCUGAUGUUAAAGGGGUGUUUCUGAACGGUGCUGUACAUUGGUUGGGGGAGUGUGAUGGUUCACUGAUUAUGUCUUUCGAUUUGAGUUCUGAGGAAUUUAAGCCUCUGCCUGGGCCUUCUUCUCCUCCAGAAGAUUCUUUUUUCGAUCGUAUUGAAGUUUUUGGUGGAUGUCUAGCAGUGGUUGCUUCACGGGUUAUUCUACUGAAGUUUCGAUGA